AUUAGUAUACUUACCUAUUUAUAUUAAACCUAACUUUAUAACAACACUAUGUAGUAACGCCUAGCGUAGCCACUUUUGCACUUAGUUUAAAUUUAUUUAUCACUUCCGGUUUGAGAUUAAAAUCUUCAAACGGAAGUGAUACAACUGACGGUUUCUAUUAAAAAAUUAAAAAGGAACCGGAAACACGAUUUUCCCCCUCCAACCGACCCCGCCUCUAAGAGACACUGUGGCGCUCUCGUCAUUCGCAAACUAGUGCUCAGCCACUUCGCACGCUUCAUUCCAAAAUGCCGAAAAGAAGACAUGGAGAUACCAUCGAAUACCUAGCAAGCAAAUUGAAGAAACUUGAAAAGAAGAUGAAACACUCAAAAAGACGAACGACGCUUUCGGAAUCAUCUACCAGUACGUCGAGUUCAGAAAGUUCACCCGCAAGCUCACGAAGUCCUUCACCAGCUCCACAAACCCUGUUGGCGUUAUCCCAAGAUCGGAACCAGCGGAAAGAAGCCUCUUCAAUGGGUCCAGACCCUGCCAUGCCCAUACCUGCCUCGGUAAACGAACCUGUCGCCGGGACAUCGGACAGUGUGCCCGCGACGCAGCCUCAAGAAGCCGCGAGUGUUGAAGUUACGCAGACUCCUGCAAGCUUGGACACGGGCUUGGACCCUGAAAUACUGGAUAUAUUGGGCAUAGAUCCGACCGCUACCGUGGAAUACGGACCUAAUAUUAACGAGGAGUUAGCUAACCGCCUCAAUUACAUGGCCACAUCGGGUCUUGAUAAAGACACUCGCAAGGAGUUAUUACAAAAAUAUCUCGUACCCGCAAAUUGCAAAAACUUAUCUGCCCCUCAAAUGAAUCCGGAGAUAAAAGCCGCAACUCCGGAGUACGUGCAGAAGCGCGAUAAGUCGAUCGAAAUCAACCAAAAGGAAAUUGCAGCAGCUAUCACAUGCGUUGGGCAAAUAAUAAAUGCUCAAAUCAACAACCCUGCCCGAGACAAUGAACUAGUUAAAAGUCUCGUGGAUGUCGGCAGAAUCCUAUGCGACGUCCAAUAUUUGCAGUCUAGUUCCAGACGAAACCACGCACUCUAUUCUCUGAAAAAAGAAUUACGAGAACAACUAGCCAGUACCAAGAUAGAUGGAUAUUUAUUUGGACAAAAUCUAACCGAAACCCUGAAAACAGCAAAAGCCGUCUCCAAAUCGUCUUCAGAUUUGAAGGCUGACUCCGCCAAGAAACCCAAGCAAGACAAGAAUUUAAACCGCAAGUCGGGCACCGGGAAUCGUCGGGCGGCGCCGGGCCCGCCGCGACACCAGCCGCCUGCAGCUCGAGCGACGACGAGCUACCAGCCGCCGCCGCCGCCGCCGCAGCCAGCGCGCGGCCACUACUCGACCGCGUCGUCCUAUCGGCGCAGGGAGACGAGGAGGCGCUAG